AUGAUCAUAGCCUUGGCUUGUGAUAUGGAACACAAAGACAGAGGCAAAGUAUGUGUCACCGGGGCUUCAGGCUUUCUGGCUUCUUGGCUCAUCAAGCGACUUCUUUUGUCUGGCUACCAUGUCAAUGGAACAGUCAGAGAUUUAGGUUUCUCUCUUACGCUCUCUUCCAUAUGGAAGCAGAAGAAGUAUGAAUACUUAUGGAGUCUAGAAGGAGCAACUGAGAGACUCCAACUAGUCCAAGCUGAUUUGAUGGAAGAGGGCAGCUUCGACAAUGCAAUCAUGGGAUGCGAAGGAGUCUUCCAUGUGGCUUCUCCUGUACUCAGCAUUAUCACUGAUCCUAAGACUCAAAUCUUGGAACCAGCAGUAAAAGGAACGCUUAAUGUGUUGCGCUCUUGUCGAAAAAACACAGCUCUUGGUCGUGUGGUAUUAACCUCAUCAUCUUCUACUCUUAGAGUAAGAGAUGAUUUUGAUCCGAACAUACCACUGGAUGAAUCAUCCUGGAGCUCCUUGGAAUAUUGCGAGAAACUUCAGGCAUGGUAUGCAAUGUCAAAAAUAGAGGCAGAAAGAGCAGCAUGGGAAUACUGCAAAGAGAACGGAAUAGAUUUGGUGACAAUUCUACCAUCAUUCAUCAUUGGACCCAGUUUGCCACCAAGUUUAUGUUCUACUGCAUCUGAUGUUUUAGGCUUGCUCAAAGGAGAAACCAAGAGAUUCCAACUUCUUGGAAGGAUGGGAUAUGUUCAUAUCGAUGAUGUUGCUCUUUGUCAUAUUCUUGUUUAUGAAAAUGAAGGGUCCCAAGGUAGAUACCUUUGCAGCUCUACAGUGAUCAAUGAAGAUGAUUUGGCUGCAUUACUUGCCAACCGUUAUCCUACCCUCCCCAUCUCUCAAAGGUUCGAUAAACUGUAUAGGCCACCUUACGAACUCAACACUCAAAAGAUGAGGAGUCUAGGAUUUAAGUUUAAAACUAUCGAAGAAAUGUUUGAUGAUUGCAUUGCAUCUCUUGUUAAGCAAGGUCAUCUCAAUAUCCACCAAGACCAAAAUUCAAUUUAG